AUGGCGUACAUCGACGCAUGGCAAGCUCAAGCGCUAGUCGAAGGGCUGCUCAUGGGACCUGGAGACCCACCGGUUAAGGUGCUUUGGAUCCUUCCCACGGAUCAGCGUGGCAUUUUGCCGCCCGCGUUGCCGACGUCUUUGGUCUUGAAGCCACCUAGCUCGUCGUUGUCGAAUCUGGAAGUCCUCAGUCAUCCAGCAGUUCGGCUCGUUGUAUCGCACUGCGGAAUGGUAUCUGCUCAGGAAGCGCUGGUGAUGGGUAAGCCGUUGCUGUGUAUCCCGUUCCUUGUCGACCAGCCCGAUGUCGCGGCGCGCGUAGAAGACUCCGGAGCAGGAUUAUCGCUGGACAAGAAUCUUCUUUCGGGUCCGUACGUGCACGCUGCCGUUGCCGAACUGCUGACGAAUGCCUCCUACACGCGUGCGGCACGACGGGUUGGUUCGUUGCUGGAAAGAGCGGGUGGUACAUCUCGUGCCAUCAAUGUAAUCGACGCUGCGCUUCGACUGGGGUUUGAUCAUUUGGCCACUUUGAACCUGACUGCUCCGUGGCAUAAGACAGCAUUGCUCGAUGUAUGGGCAGUCUACGCAGCACUUAUCUGUUUGCUGGCGGUCUUUGUUCGGGUUCAGUGGCUACUUGUGCACUUCUUGGUGUCCGAAAGCUUCAGCUUGCUGUGCAAUUUGAUACUGGGCCCACCGCUCCCUCCCUCCUCAAUGGGCGACGGCUAUGAUGAAACUUACGAAGACGGUGAGGAGGCUGAAGCGGGUAGCGGCAGUAGUGAUACAAGUCAAUGA